UGCGAGGACUCUCCGCCCCGACACGCCCAAUCCAUUUCGGACCUUUUUGUCCAUUUUGUACUUUACAUUUUGGACACCCAUCAUCAGCACAUGUGCACAUCCUACCUACCGCUAUCCAACAUAUGAACAGUCUCUACCUGGUCAAUAACUAGAUUUUGCAUUAUACAAACGUUUCUCGUCGUUUGCCAACGUCACGCUAUCCCUACCCACCUUCUCCGGACACUUGUUGGUUCUGCGCUUUGAACGCCGUUGCCUGUGAAAGGGGCAAAUCAUAGGUCCCUUGUCCUCACUUGUAUUCUCCGUCCCUCGCAUCUACUCUACUGUUAAGAAGUACGGUGGCCGUUCAGCUUGUUUCUUCCGUUUCGGCAUCUUUUCCCAUUCUGGGGAUAAAAAUAUACCCAACUCCACAAUGACGAUUCGAUUCCAGAUCGAAGAGGAGGGGCGAGAGCAUUUCUCAAAGGUUGCUACAGCCUUAUGGCGUAGUAAGCGGUGUGUUGUUGUUACGGGUGCUGGGAUUUCGGUUUCUGGGGGCAUACCGGACUUUCGGUCCGCCGACGGUCUCUACAAUCUUGUAAAAGAGAAAUAUCCCAACGCUAUUGUCAAAGGCAAAGAUCUGUUUGACGCCACGCUUUUCAAAGACCCAGUGUCCACAUCCCUCUUUUACACAUUUAUGGCGGAACUCAAGCAAGUCAUUAACCAAGCCAACACGACUCCUACACACCACUUUGUCAAGGAUCUUGACGAACGAGGACAGCUCCUUCGCUGUUAUACGCAAAACAUUGAUUGUUUGGAGCUAAGAUUGCAAAUGUCGUGCGAUUUGAGCAAUAAGCAGAGCGCGAGGAUUGUGCAACUGCAUGGGGAUUUAGACCAUGUUGUGUGUACAAUCUGUCAGGCCAUGUUUGACUUUAGCGAUACCUUUCGAGAUGAUUUCAAAGAAGGCGGGCCUCCGUCUUGUCCGACCUGUGUUGAGAUGGAGGGAGUGAGGAUUGCAGCUGGCAAGCGGCCUUUACCUAUUGGGACUUUGAGACCCAACAUUGUUUUGUAUAAUGAGCAUCACUCGCGAGGCGAUCAAAUCGCCGACAUGACUGCUUACGACGUCAAGAAACGCCCUGAUAUGCUCAUCGUCAUGGGAACAUCACUUAAAGUAGUAGGCAUCAAGCGCCUCGUCAAAGAUCUCGCUAAAUCUGUGCAUGAGCUGCGAAACGGCCAAGUAGUAUUCAUCAACAACACGGAAAUUGGACAUAAGGAAUGGGACGACGUCUUUGAUUACCAUAUUUUAGGCAAAACGGAUGACGUUGUCGCUGAGUUGGAGCAGGAAAUGAAAAGGUUGGAUGUGAUCGCCCAGCUGAGAGCGCAAAAGUUGGCGAGAGCGCGAGAGCAGAAAGAACUGGCGAGUUUUGUAGAGAGGGAUCCUACCCGGGACCUUCAGCUACCAAUAAUGGCCAACAAUGAAUCAGGUGUAGAUCGCCUCGUAGAAGUUGGCACCACCGACCUGUCUGCCGGGGCCCUCAUGAGUAAACCAUCGCAGUCAGCGUCCUCUAAAGCCACACUAGGGAAAUCCUCACGCAAACCCAGCAAACCAACAAAGACCAGAGCAACGCCCAAGACCGCAAAAGGCAAAGAAUCAUCAUCCUCCGGCAAAACCAAGGCCGCCUGCCCAGACAUUCUGUCAUUUAUGCAAGUCAAAAAACCCCAAGGGUGUACCGACAACAAAUCCGUCACACUCGACCCUCCUCGCGGCCGAUGCGACGCGUCCGCCAACCGAGACCGUUCCACCACUCCCACAGGCAGAGAGUCUACCUCCCCACCUCAAAGCCCCAGCAAACGAGGCGCCAAAUCUGCACCGGGGAGUCCAAGCAAGAAGCAAAAGAUGGUCGUAGAGGUUGAAGAAGAAGAUUCGUCCGUUCCACCCCUUAUCCGAGAAGAAUCGGUUGCAGAUGAAGAAACAUGUAUGCCACCCAUCCUCCUAACGGUGCCUCCCAAAACAAAACCACCCCGACAACCACGGAAGAAACCAGCGGCAAAAAAGCCCCCUGCAAAGAAAAAACCGGCUGUCACGCAGCAACUACCCAUUACUUGUACGCUCAAGACCGUCAAACCCCGAAACACGUUGACAUCGAUUGUAGCAGGGAAACCAGAUGUCGAUUCUCCGCCUCCGUUAUGUGUACGCAAGAGUGCUAGGUUGCUAGCAAAGACAUAGCGAUUGUAUAUAUUUAUAUAAACGCAAUAAAUGGGCUUAAUGUGAUA